UCAAGUCACUUCCCUGAGGCGUUUGCACCAGCAGGUGGUGUGUUCAAGAUUGGGAUUCAGCCCACGCUUCCAGCAGCAGUGGUACGUGCCUCCCGGUCAGUCUGGAAGCAAAAGCAGAAUGCAGGUCCACUUGUGAUACACGUUUCGUUUGCCUGGGGCGGGGGCUGUGGAGGCGGGAGAUGCCUUUGUAUCAGAGGCUGUUUGGGAAGGUUUUCCUGGGAGGGAUAGCCCUCACGUCAGCUGUCAGCCUAAAGUAAAACCGGAUGGGUGGUUCUAAAUGUCAUACAUAUACUGCUAGUUCCCAAUACACCCAGCCAGCUUCAGCCUUUCUCUUGAAUUUUGGACCUAUAUAUCCAAAAGCUCUGAUUCUCCACUUGUAAAUCUAAUGGGCAUCCUAAAUACAGCAUGUACAAAAACAGCUUUUAAUUUUUACCCUUCAGAUGUAAGUCUUAUCCUUUAGAGUGAAUGGAAGUUUCCUCAUCUCAGUAGCUUGGCGCAAAAAUCUUGGUGUCUCAUCCCAGACCUAAUUCCUUGGCAAAUCCUGUUGACUAUACCUUUGAAAUGCAUCUAGAAUCUGAUCACUUAUCACCUGCUCCCACCACUCUGGUCCAAGAUACUGUCAUCUCUGGUGGAUUAUUGCUAGAGCCUUCCAACUGGUUUUCCUGUUAAAUCCUUACACUCCCCACUCCCACCCCUCGUCUGUUCUCAAAGCAGCAGCUGGAGAAGCCACAUGGCAGGUCAUAUCACUGCCCAGAUCUUCCAGAUGCUUCCCAACUCAGAGUAAAAGCCCAAGUUCUAUAGCCUAUGAGGCACCCCACCCUCCUCUCUCUUGCCCUCCCCUACUCCACUCUCUGGCCUCCUUGCCCUUAACUUGAACACAUCAGGUGGGCCAUCACUUCAGAACCUUUGCACUUUUGCAUUACCCUUCCUGGGAUGUAUCUCCCCUAAUAUCCACAUAGUGUCUGCCCUCACUCCAUCUAGACCUCUGCUUUGGUGUUGCUUUAUCAAAGGUGUCUUCUCUGGCCACCCUGUUUAAAAUAUCUCCUACCACCAGCUGCUGCCCUCAUGCUGUUCAUUUUUUCUGUCCCUUAGCAUCACCUGACACAGGCGUUUUGUCUGUCAACCUCCCUACUUGUUUGUGCACCAUCCUAGAGUAGGAGCCUGGAUUGCUUGUCCUCAGCUGUGUGCCCACUCUCCAGGACCUCCAAGGUGGACCUGAGAUGCAGCCUAUUGUCUACUCCGGUGCACUGCUGGGGCCAUCACGUGGUGGCCUUAGGAUGCGUUUCGCCCGCCUCCUUGGGGCAAGCUAAGAGAUCCAAUGAUGGCUGUCAAGCAGCUCCUUCCUGCUGGGCCCCAGGUCUUAGUUUCCUUUGAGGACGUGGCUGUGUUCCUCUCCCGGGAGGAGUGGGGCUGUCUGGGCCCUGCUCAGAGGGGCCUCUACAGUAAUGUGAUGCUGGAGACCUACAGAAACCUGAUCUCACUGGGACUUCAAGGUUCCAAACCUGAUGUCAUCUCCAGGCUGGAGAAGGGGGAAGAGCCAUGGGCCCCAUACUCACCGAAAAUUGAGGAGGGCUGGAUCCGGAGUCACAGGAGUGAAAGUUUUGAGUCUCGGACGGGGAAGAAGGGAUUGACUCCAAAACAGGAAAUUUCCAAAGCAGCGGGAUCCCAGAGAGCAAAAUCAGAAGAACAUGUAAGGAAUAUUUCCAAGGAACCUGAUUUUGAAGAGAUGAGUAAAACUGAGGGAAAGUUAAAGAAUUGCUGGAGAAAAUCUGCAGAGGAAAGACUUAAGAAAUCCUUCUCCCAGAAGAACAAUUCCAGGCCAGUGACAUUAACAUGUAGGAAAACCCCUAUUGGAGGGGAAGGCCAGAAAUCCAGUUCUGUGGAGGUAAACUGCACUGCAGACCCAAACUCUUUUGGAUUUCAUAGAGCAUCUAGAGGGGAGAGUCUCCACCAGAAUGUGCCAUGUAUGGAUGACUUUAAAGAAAGUCAGGACCUCAUUAAUCUCCAGUGUUUCCAUCUAGGAGAAAUAGCCUGUCAGACAGAUGUGUUUGUGAAAGUGCCCAGGCAGAGUUCAGUUCUUAGUGAGAAUCAGAGGGUUAACAAUCCAGAGAAAUUCUUUGAGUGUACUGAGUGUGGAGUACCUUUCAGCCCGAGUACAGCACUUUCUCAGCAUCAGAGAAGUCACUCUGGAGAGAAGCCCUGUGAGUGUGGUAGAUGUGGAAAAAUUUCCCGCCACUGCUCUGUCCUCAGCCAACAUCAGAGAGUUCACUGUGGAGAGAAGCCCCACACUUGUGCUGAGUGUGGCAAAUCUUUCAGGGCUCAUUCCUAUUUCAUUCAGCUCUAUAACACUUACACUGGAGAAAGACCUUAUGAAUGCAGUGAAUGUGGGAAAGCUUUCAGUGCACGUUCAUCUUACAGUCAACAUCUUAAAAUUCAUAUGGGGCAGAAACCUCAUGAGUGUAAUCAGUGUGGGAAGGCCUUUAGUCAUAGCUCUAACCUGAUUCAUCAUCAGAGAAUUCAUAGUGGAGAGAAACCAUACAAGUGUAAGGAAUGUGGGAAGGCUUUCAGUAGACACUCACACCUCUUUCAGCAUGAGAGAACUCAUUCUGGAGAGAAACCUUAUAACUGUACUGAGUGUGGCAAAGCCUUCAGUGCACGAUUAUCUCUCAUUCAACAUCAGAGAACUCACACAGGAGAAAAACCCUAUGAAUGCAAUGAAUGUGGGAAAUCCUUUAGCCUGAACCGAACCCUUACUGUUCAUCAGAGAAUUCACACUGGAGAGAAACCUUAUAGGUGUAAUGAAUGUGGAAAAUCUUUCAGUCAGCGCUCCCAAGUCAUUCAGCACAAGAGAAUUCAUACUGGAGAGAAGCCUUACGUUUGCGAUGAGUGUGGAAAAUCAUUCAGUGCUCGCCUGUCCCUCAUCCAGCAUCAGAGAAUUCACACUGGAGAAAAACCUUAUGGAUGCAGUGAGUGUGGGAAAACCUUCAGCCAAAAGGGACAUCUGAUUCAGCAUCAGCGAAUUCACACUGGAGAGAAACCCUAUGAGUGUAAUGAGUGUGGAAAAGCCUUCAGCCAGAGUUUUAAUCUUAUUCAUCAUCAAAGGACACACAAUGGUGAGAAGCCCUAUGAAUGUAAUGAGUGUGAUAAAGCCUUCAGUGUGCUCUCUUCCCUUGUUCAACAUCAGAGAGUCCAUAAUGGUGAGAAGCCCUAUGAGUGUCACAAAUGCGGGAAGGCCUUUAGCCAGGGCUCACACCUCAUUCAGCAUCAGAGGAGCCACACUGGAGAGAAACCCUACGAGUGUAACAAGUGUGGGAAAACCUUUGGGCAGAUAUCCACCCUAAUUAAGCAUGAGAGAACACACAAUGGAGAGAAACCCUAUGAGUGUGGUGACUGUGGGAAAGCCUUCAGCCAGAGCGCACACCUCGUCCGCCAUCGAAGGAUUCACACUGGAGAGAAUCCCUACGAGUGCAGUGACUGUGGGAAGGCCUUCAAUGUCCGCUCCUCUCUCGUCCAGCAUCGCAGAAUUCAUACGGGGGAGAAGCCUUAUGAAUGUGAAGAGUGUGGCAAGGCCUUCAGUCAGCAUUCACAAUUUAUUCAGCAUCAGAGGAUUCACACUGGAGAGAAACCCUACAUAUGCAAUGAAUGUGAGAAAGCCUUCAGUGCACGUUUAUCCCUUAUCCAACACAGGAGAAUUCACACAGGAGAGAAACCUUACAAAUGCACUGAAUGUGGAAAGUCCUUCAGACAAAGCUCUCACCUUAUUCGACAUCAGAGAGUUCACAGUGGAGAGCGACCUUAUGUGUGUAAUGAAUGUGGGAAAACUUUUAGUCAGAGAAUAACUCUUACCAGUCAUGAGAAAAUUCACACUGGAGAGCAAGCCUAUAAGUGCAUUAAACGUGGGGCCCUCUUUAGUGCACAGGCAGCUUUCAUUCAGCACCAUAAAGUUCACAGUGGAGAAUAACUGCUUUAUUCGAUAAAGUCUUCACUGUUUUACAACAGGAGCAGUAUACUGAUGGGAAAGCCAUUCAUUGCUUUUACAGCUUUCAUUUUGGAGAUU